AUGCCGGUUCCCACCCCCUCCGGGGCUCUUACGGUUGCCUUCCGCGUGCUCUGUCUGCGCUGCCUUCGGGCCAAAGCCCGUGGGAUCCAGUCCCACGACUGCGUCUGGUCCCCGACCAGUUCAAAGUGUGGGUACUGCAUGUCGCAGCACUCGCCUUGCGUCCCGCUGCCCUGGUUCCUUGGGGAAGAGUUUGAGGCCCUCCUGGCCGCCCAGAGCAUGCCAAAGUUCCGCUCUGAGGUGGAGCGUGACCUCUACGAGGAGGCACGCGCCACUCGGGCUGCUGUGGGCAAACUGCCCACCGCUGCCGCUCCCGCAGUCGCUCCGACUCGGGGUGAUGGAAGGAGGGAGGGGGAGGAUGGGGAAGUUGGGGCGGCCUAUGGGGCCUAG